AUGCGCACUCUUCCCAACAUCAUCAUAACAGGCACUCCCGGCGUCGGCAAGACCACCACAUGCACACAACUCCUCAGUCUAGCCUCGUCCUCCACGCCCGCGAUUAACCUCAAGCACCUCUCGAUCAACGACCUCGUCAAGUCUCGCUCCUGCCACUCCGGCUACGAUGAAGAUCUGCAGACCCUGAUCGUGGACGAUGACAAACUCAUGGACGAGGUGGAGAAAGACAUCUCCGAUGGGGAAGGCGAAGGCGGUUGGGUCAUUGACUGGCAUUCCACCGCUGGGUUCGCCGUGCGCUGGGUCGACCUCGUGGUCGUGCUGAGGUGUGAAGAGACGAGUGUUCUCUAUGACCGCCUCAUGGCGCGAGGCUACAAAGAUUCCAAAGUGCAGGAGAACAUGGAUGCCGAGAUCUUUGGCGUUGUGACCGAGGAGGCUAAGGAGGGAUGGGGAGAGGAGGAAGACGGGAGGGUCGUUGAACUCAAAAGCGUGAAUGCAGACGACAUCGAUGAGAACGCAGAGCGCAUUCUGCAGUGGGUGAAGAACUGGAUUAAAGAUCAUACUACGAAUGGGAACGAGGGUUAG